AUGGGACCCAUUGGAAAUUCAAAUCCUGUGGUCCAUCCUCACCGCCCCUCUCAGCUGACGGGUGACGAAAAUUCUGUGCCACCGAUGCCAGAUAACCGUCAGGCUAAUACAAUGCUGUGUCAAAUCAAUCCGGGACAACUUGAAGAAGCAAUAUGGCGGUUGAAAAUUCAUGAUAAUCAAGGGGGUGGUGUGGCUCAAUCAAGCCCAUACCCAGAUCGGCCGGUGAGCAAAUUGUCCUAUUACCUAAGGACAGGGGUGGGUGGUUAUGGAAGCCAUUGUCGCUAUCAUCCUACUUAUGCUGCUCAGGGUGCUGAAUAUAAAGAACUACCGGAGAGAGUUGGACAACCCGACUGUGGGUAUUAUUUGAAGACAGGGACCUGCAAAUAUGGACCAACAUGUAAAUAUCAUCACCCAAAGGAUAGGAAUGGUGCUGGACCAGUCUCAUUCAACGUUCUAGGUCUUCCUAUGCGUCAGGAUGAAAAAUCAUGUCCUUAUUACAUGCGGACUGGAGCAUGCAAGUUUGGAGUUGCAUGCAAGUUUCACCAUCCUCAGCCUGCGGCACAUGGAAAUGGUUUACCUGUGACUGGAACUGCUGCAUUUGGAUCAAUGGGGACAUCAGUUCUGCCUUACGCAGGUGGCAUUUCAACAUGGUCAUUACCAAGGGCACCUUAUGUAUCUGGCCCUCGUUUACAAGGUUCACAAAGCUACAUGCCUGUCAUUGUCUCUCCUUCUCAAGGCAUUGUAUCUGCACCAGGUUGGAACACCUACAUGGGAAAUAUUAGCCCUCUAUCUUCUCCUGGUGCACUUGGAUCCAACCAUAUUUACAACUCCAGGAAUCAAGGUGACUUAAGUCCCGGUGGGCAGGUGCAAGUCUUAUCCCCAUCCAGUUCAAAUUUACCUGAGAGACCUGAUCAACCAGAAUGCCGAUAUUAUAUGAACACUGGAACCUGCAAAUAUGGAUCUGAUUGCAAGUUCCAUCAUCCAAAGGAAAGGGUUGCUCAAUCAGCAGUAAAUAAUAUAGGACCCCUUGGCCUGCCCUCAAGACCUGGGCAAGCUGUGUGUUCUAAUUACAGUAUGUAUGGAAUCUGCAAGUAUGGUCCAACUUGUAGAUUUGAUCAUCCCUUUGCAGGAUAUCCUUUUAACUAUGGUGUGAGCCUUCCUCCACUAUCUAUACUGGAUUCAUCUCUCAUGACUCAUCAUCUCAUACCGACAGCUCCUUCGUCUGAGAAUUCUACUGCUAUGUCAUCAAAAGUUCCUGAUUGGGUACAGAAUUCUGAUGUUGCAAAUGUCAAGCAUCAGAACCCAGAUACGAAGAACUCAAGUACAAAUAAUUCAGAUGAUUCACCUGAGGAGCCCCGUUCUCCACCUCCUUCAGUACAAGAUUCUUCAGAACCUUCACACGAUCAAAAUUGAGUUCAUUUUGUUCUCAUUGACUUUACAUUUUUGUUACCCAGUAUCUUUGAAGGAUAUUUAUGACUUGUACCUCCCACUCCCCCCUUUUCACCUGUGAGUGGUAUAGGUUGUUUGGCGAUUGUGAUGAGCAAAAGUUUGGGGGUUGUGCAUGGAGGCAUUUUUUGUGGUGAAUAAAUAACAUGCAGGUGAAAAUUUGUAAAAGAUUUCCUUUUACUGUUGAAAUAUUUGCUCUUUCUUGGAUCA